AUUUUUUUAUUCAUUUAUUUAUUUAUCUGUAUUGUGACUCUCUAAAGAAAACCCAUGGGAAUGAUCAACUGAAAAUGCCAGUGGGAAUUCAGUGGUAAAAUCAAAAGUGAGUGGAGCAGAUCUUCCUUUCUGCAUUUCUACAUCAGACAUUGAAAACGGAUGACAUAAAAACGGAUACAAAUGGAAUAACACUGAGCAGCCGCAAAAGUACGAAGCCUGACUGCAAUAUAAUCGUGUUGGAAUGUUAGUUGUUAAUCCAAAUAUUAUUCCCGUGGUGUUUGUAAUAGUCUUGAACUUUCCAAAAGUUUCCGGCAAGCUCUAGAAAUAGUUGCGGAGCCUUGAAAGUAUCUCGUACAUCUCAAUGUGUACCCAACUGUAAGUGAUUCUUCACGUCAUUACAUCAGACUUCUCUGUGAAAAUAUCAGAAUAUCAGAAGAAUGCUGGAUUUUGUAAUUGGCACAGGACAAAAAAAAAAAAUUUGGUAUUCGAAACAAUGAGGACAUGCACUCAACCAUCGCUGCCUCGAAGAGGUGUUGAUUUUUUUGCUGGUGAAGAAUCGGGGGGGGAUUAUGGUGAAUUCGGGGGAACCACGGGUUUUUUUAUCGAUCAGUUCUAAAUUUAAUAUUCUUGUUGAAAUACUCUGGAAUUUUGUGGUCCUGUCGAUGUGGGUUUAUUUCCAGUGAAGCUCUCAAGCCUGAGACCUGAAAAAUCUUGAGCUCGAGAGGUUUCUAGUGCCUCAUUGCGAGAUCAGAAACAGUAAUCCUCGUUGAUAAAACAAGUGGUUGUUAUUUGAUGUUUAUGUAAUGUUCAAAAUCGUUGAAAAUGCAAUCGUCCAGAUGGCUGAUAGGGAUAUCGCUAGUGCUCGGCAUUUUGAUAAGUAUAAAUAUGACUACUGGGACACAGAGAAUUUCAGCAGUAAAACUCACUGGUGGUUAUAUGGAAAUUGUGGAAGAGGAUGUCUGCUCUGGGGCACUUCUUCGUCUUACCUGUCGAUCUCUGCGGGCCUUCAUCUUCGUUCUUCAAGCGGAAUUUCACCGGAAGAGCACUAAAACUUGUGGAUCAUCAGUAAGAGCAGAAAAACGCGCUGCCCAGUGGUACAACUAUAAUUCAGGAAUACGUAAAACUAUAACUAUUGAACUCAGGGGUAAUUACCUCAAGGAUGAGGACGACGAGAGUGGACCUGUGGUGGAUCUCCGGAAAUCUUUUAAUAGAAAAUGUUCCGGACAGCACCAUUGCCGAUUCACCGUUGCUGAGGAUCAUCCUGGGGGGGCUCAUUGGCCAACUGCUGAUCUCAGGCUCAAAUAUGCCUGCAUUCCUGAAGGUGCGGUGAAACGUUAUUGUAAUACCGAGGUGAGGAUAAACCGCGGAGAGGCAGGAUACAUAAAGUCCCCAGGAUAUCCUCUUUAUUACCCUGGAGAGUAUGCCUGCGGUUGGGCCUUCAAGACGGCUCCAGGUCAGAGGGUGGUCCUUCAGUUUCACGAUUUUAAUAUUCGCAGCCCCGAGGCUGAUGGCAAUUGUGAGGAUCUCAUCCGAAUUCAAGACAGUGGCCAGACGAUAUUCGAGUCAUGUGGCACUCGCAUUGGCACUCGAAUUGUAUCGAAUUCCAAUCAAUUGACGCUGAAGUUGAUAUCAUCGUCGAGAGUGUAUCCCGCUCGGGGUUUUCUCUUGAAAUACGAAGCUGUUGGAUGUCCUGAGACACAUGCGCCUGAUGGGAGUUUCGUAGCGAAUGAUACCUCGGAAACGCGUACGUUUCAGUGUCGCACAGGAAAUAUUUUCCCAGACACGAGAAUGCCAACAAAGACUGUCAAAUGCCAGCAAGGGGCUUGGAAUGAGACCAUCGAGCAUCUACCCAAUUGCGUUGCUACUUCUGCGACUAUUCUGAAGGCGGAAUCGGAAAAUACACGACUGUCCAGUCUUUCAGGGGAUAACACACUGGGGCAAGGGGUAAGAAUUGGACGUGGAGAAAGCGCAGACUCAAAUUUCAACAUGGACCCAGCUGCACCAGCAAUGAUCAAACAGUCCGACUACGUAAUAGAUGUAUUAUUACCCACUAUUCUCAUGGCGUUACUCUUCGUGGGAAAUGCUGUCAUCGUUUAUCUCAUAUUCCAGUACAGAAAAAGAAAAAUACCGUUGACUGCGGAAAGAGAGGAGAUGAGAGAGUUGGCUGAUGUCCCACAGGUUUGACCAUGAUACAAACCUGUACACACGCCCUAGUUCUAAGCCAAACGAAUAAGAAGGAAAUUUUAUGGCCUAUUGCAAAGUUCUUUGCAGUGAUAAGUGAACAACUAAAAUGACUCGGAUUGAAGAAAAUCGGCACAAAGUAGAGAAAUUACUUUGAAAGUAUGCGAUAAAAGUACUGCUAUUUUCAGGGGUAAUACUGGACUCACGAGUGCUCCUCGUGGAAAGGCUAUUUUAAAAAAUCGUUGAGACAAACUGAUAUUCCACAUUUUUUCUCGUAUUUAUUACGAUAAAAAUCGAAACAAUCCCUAUUUCCACGUUGUUAAUAGCGAGAAAAAACACGAGCCAACCUUUGACGAAUAUUCUUCAAUUGCCAUGUAUAAAUAUUUUCUAUGUACAUUACAAAAGAAUAUAACAUGUAUUAUACGAUCACUAUUAAAAAACUCAUUUUUAUAUGUAAAA